AUGCGAGAGGAAAACCAGCUGCUUUCACAGAAACAUGUCUCGGGUCGCUCGAUACCAACCGUAUGCUCGUCCUCCCGCAAAAGCAAGUACACAGGCCAGCCCCGAAGAAGUUCAACAGGUGUCUCGUCCGACAAUGGGUCGACGUCUGCAGAGUCAAGCAGGUCAAGAUCCUCCAGCAGCCCAGCCUUCUCGUGUUACCCCAGCAUCUUCUCAAAAACCAGCUUCUUCCAUGCACUUACCGCCGCUAUACUGACUGUCCGUCAAGACAUGAUGUCAAAUCACGAGAAGAUCUUUAGCAAGAUUGAAGAGAUCAAUGAACGCAUCUCGACUGCCCUUUCCUCCAGUGGAGGUGGCUGGGAUGAAUCAUCCGAACUGAAAGCAAGUUUUUCCGUUGACCAAUGUGUCAAAUCUCUAUCCGUUCAGUGUAUCAUGGAUGGUGAUGUACAAGCGUAUACUGCCACCAGUAACAGAGAAGGUGAUGAGGACAACCUUCCAUUAUGCUUACAUGCUAAGGUGAUGCAUAGUGCUAUUCUAUCCAAUCCUACCGAGUGGAAAAAACGACUUCUUCCAGCCGGUUAUGGAAAAAACCCAAAUCCUAAAGCCACCAAAGCCAUGCAGAAGCUUUUGAGUAAUAUUUUAAAGCAGACCCGAAAGGAAUUUGAAACUAUUCUUCUCAGCGAGAUUCACCUCCCACAACGAGUCAAAUCUUCAGACUGUAGUGGCAACGUCCCAAACAUCAACACCAUAAUUGUCAAACUUCACGAGAAGGAAAAAAGUCAGAUUGGUGGCCGAGUGCAAGUUCGUGAAGAGAUACUCCGAAAUGUGCAACACCUUUGCAAAACCCGAUAUGCUUACCUGAGAAUGCAAGCUGUUCAUUGGGGAGUGAAGAGUUCCGAAUACGGUAGUCAAUCGUAUUGGAGUGUCGUGGAUCAAAAGCUAGAGUCUUUACGUGGUCAGUCAACACGAUAUCGAUAUGUUUUCUUUGUCUUGGUCAUGUACGAUGACUAUGAUCGCUUCAACGGGAAACAUAACUUUGACUACCUCACAAAGAAGAAAAUCGAUUUUUCCUUACCAUCUGAAGAGCGUAUUCAAGAGGAGAUCAACACAAUGGAACUUAAGUUUGGGGAUGAUAUGGGCGAAGAUGAGGUGCUCCACAAAAAUUAG